GAAAGCGCACGAGCAAAACAUGUGAGCGCUCCUGAGGACUUGCAUGAAAGAAGAAGGAACUUUUACUGUCGUUUUUCCUUGUUUUUUUUCCCUCAAUGCCUCCACACACUGCGGGAUUAUCAUUGUUAUUGUCAUCUGUAAGGGACGCCCGGGCUCUGCUUUUGUGGAUAAAUUGCCAUCUUUUUGCUCUUUUCUGGGAAACAGCUCGCAUUUAUUAUUAUUAGGAGGCAGACACCUGCAGCAUGCUUGUACUCGUAAACGUAAUAAACUCCCACAUAAAUAGUGCUCGAAUAUAAUUAAUUGCUUUUAUUUUCUUGUGCAUCCUCCUUUUUUGGAAGAACUGUGGAUUUAUUUGUUUGGAUCUUUCUUUUUGGAUUUUUUUAGUUUCUUUCUAACGUUGUUGAAAAAAAAAGAAAGAAACAAUGAAGCACUUGCAAUUUGUGCUGGUGCUGGCCAUUGCUGUCAAUGUUUGGGAGUGCGGGGACGCUAAAUUCGGACCCGAGCGUGGCGGCGAACUGGGCGCCAGGAGGCGACGCUGCUACGACGGCAGCCUGCCCAAGCGCCUCAAGAAGCGGGAGAGGAAAGUGCUCCUGGAUGGCGGCGCUGGCUCUACGACCACCUCCACGACCACCACCACCACCGGCGGCGGAGCCGAAGUUUGCCACCGGCUCUACCCGCGAGUGUCCUGCUGUCCCACCAGGAGAGCCGCGUAUCAGAUCGCGCACCGCAGGGAUGCCCGGAUCUUCUCCACCAACAACACAGAAUGCGGCCGUCUGCUGGAGGAGAUCAAGUGCGCGCGCUGUUCCCCCAACGCGCAGGUGUUGUUCAACCCGUCGGAACCAGGCAGGAUGCCACACAGGGAGCCCGACCUUCCUCGGCUCUGCCAGGACUUCUGCCGCGAGUUCUACUACACCUGCCGAGGACACGUACCGGAAUUGUUCCAGGCCGACGCGGACGAGUUCUGCCAAUACUACGGUCGACGAGACGCAGGCCUGUGCUUUCCAGAUUUUCAGCGAAAGCAAGCGCAGGGCCAAGAUUCCAACUACUUGGGAGAUGAGAAAAUGGAAGAUAUCAGCAGGAAACACAAACACAACUGCUACUGUGCCCAGGAGGUGUUGAGUGGUCUACGGCAGCCUGUGGCCGCGGUGCACUGCGGCGACGGAUCCCAGCGCCUCUUUGUCUUGGAGCGGGAGGGAUUCGUCCGAAUACUCACCCACGACCUGCAGCUGCUCAAGGAGCCCUUCCUGGACAUCCACAAAUUGGUGCAGAGCGGCCUGAAGGGCAGAGAUGAAAGGGGCCUGCUAAGCCUGGCAUUCCAUCCCAAUUAUAAGAAGAAUGGCAAGCUCUACAUCGCCUACACCACCAACCAAGAGCGCUGGGCCAUCGGGCCGCACGACCACAUUCUCCGCGUUGUGGAGUACACCGUGUCCAGAAAGAACCCAAACCAGGUGGACAUUCGGACCCUCCGGGUCCUGAUGGAAGUAGCCGAGCUGCACCGGAAACAUCUGGGCGGGCAACUGCUCUUCAGCCCCGAAGGUCUGCUGUACAUCAUCCUGGGGGACGGAAUGAUCACCCUGGACGACAUGGAGGAGAUGGAUGGACUCAGUGAUUUCACAGGGUCCGUGCUCAGGGUAGACGUGGACACGGAUGGCUGCGCGUCCCCCUAUUCCAUCCCGCGGGACAACCCGUACUUCAACGGCACCAACCAGCCACCGGAAAUCUUUGCGCAAGGUUUACACGACCCAGGCAGGUGCAGCGUGGACCGGAUUCAAACGGAGAACGGGAGCCUUCUCCUGCUCUGCACGGACGCCAGCGGCAAAAACUCCACCACGGGAAGAAUUUUGGAGAUUCACAAAGGGAAAGAUUACGAGAACGAACCUUCCGUCUAUGACCUGCAGUCCAUCGGAGGAGCGCCGCCAGUGGGCGGUUUCAUCUACAGGGGUUGCCAGUCCAGACGAUUGUACGGCAGCUACGUGUUUGGAGAUAAGCUCGGCAACCUGCGGAUUCUCCAGAAGUCGUCGAUAACGCCGUCGGCAGCAAGCGACCAGUGGCAGGAGAAACCGCUUUGUCUGGGCUCCGCCAGCUCCUGCGGCUCCACGCUGGUCGGACACAUCCUGGGAUUCGGAGAAGACGAGCUGGGUGAAGGCUACAUACUGGCGAGCAGUAAAAGCAUGGUGCAGUCGCAAAGUGGCAAACUCUACAAGUUGGUGGACCCCAAAAGGCCCCUCAUCCCCAAGGAGUGCCAACGUCAGGUGGAGCCUCCUGAGCUGCUGAUGACAGCUUGCUCCAGACACUGCAAGAACGGACACUGCACUCCCACCGGCAAAUGCUGCUGCAGCCCAGGCUGGGAGGGGCCCUUGUGCCGCAUCGCCAAGUGCGUCCCAGGCUGUCGCAACGGAGGCGUAUGCAUGGAGCCCAACAAGUGCCUGUGCAAGAGUGGCUACUCGGGCGACCAGUGCGAGCAGAGCGAGCAGGGCAUGCCCAACGACCAGGAGAAGGACGGCCUUCUGGACCACAUCAUCGACAUGACCUCGUACCUCCUGGACCUGACUAGCUACAUCGUAUAAAGAGACUGCGAGGGGCUCGUCCUCGUCAGCACCUUCAUCCCCGCCCUACACGAAUCUACCUAGCGCCACCGGCCAACGAGGUAUCCAUUUUUUUAUUUCAUUUUGCCCACGCUGACGAGAAAAAAAAAAAAAAGGAUCUCCAUCGCAGCUGCCUUUGACAUCACCGGACGUUACGGUUUCUCACUGGACGAUAAGCUACUUGAGCGCCAGGCCAGGCAUCCAAGUCACGGAAAACGCCCGCCAAGACAUUUCUGCUCCUCUUUGGGACAAAUCUAAAAAAAAAAAAAAAUAACGCAAUGGAGCGACCGUUUAUUUCGGCGUGAUGUCGUCAUGACUUUUGUUCACAAGACUGCAUCCACAACUGUUAGACAUUUUCAUCGCAGGAUGAAGAAAGACGCUGGAUUGCUACCCACCCCUGCUCUGCAUUCAUUACAAAACUUUUCAAAAGUCAAACCCAUUUGCACAGUUCCGGUCUAACAAAGCUAGCCUCUUUCACACGGAGACCCUGAAAAAGUAAGAGUCAUUCGAUUAAAUCAGUGCUACAUGUGACAUAAGACAAAAAGCUUUUUGUGUGUUGCAAAAUUCGCAGUCAAGACAGGAAAUCACACCUUCAGCCGUAUUUUAAGCUGAACAGUUUCACACAGCAACACAGCAUCUCGCAAUCAGAUGGCGUGAUGAUAUCGUUGUCUGACGUGAGAAUUGCUUCCAGUGGAGUGUCAGGUGUGAAACGUCUCAACCUGACAGAUUUCAGCAAAAGCGCUUUUACACGCUAAAGCAGCGUCUCACAAUCAGGAAAUGAGAUGACAUCAGCGUCUGAUGUCAUCAUUGCUUGCAACACAACAAGGCUGGAGAAGUGAAAUCCCCGCAGUUGCAGAAUAACCUGCCAUCUUUUCGCGGGUGGUGUAAAAGGGGCUAGUGGACGACCAAAUAACAAAGGGAAGAAGAGGAGGAGGAGGAGGUGGUAGCGAAUGGCGAUGUAUAUUCCCCUAUAGAGCUUACCCACUACUACUUAGUAUUGCAAAAAAAAAAAUAAUAAUAAUGGGAAAAAAAAGCAUAGCAUUAUUAUGAUAGAGGGGGGUUUAUUUUUCUAAGCGUAAUAAUAUAUGGGAGAGAUUGGUGUUUAUAAAAAAUAUGUUUUACACUAAGCUUUGUGUCCAUUUGGUAUACUUGCAGCUUGCUUUUUAAGCGCCCUUCCCCUAAACACAAAGCGCCACUACAGUUCCAUCACGUUUUUGUUCAAAACGGUGUUUUUGUUUUUGUUUUUUUGUAUUUGUUCACCUCGUUGAGGUGUUGCUGACAUAAUACGUCUACCUGGUCAAGUCCACAAUGGAAUUUUUAUGCUGUAAAAGGUCUAUUUUUUUGUUGUUGUUUUUCUUUUUUUGUUAGCACUUAAUGUGAACGUUGUUGCAUUGUAGCUGCUGAGUCGGCAUGGUGUGAAUAGAAUAACCAUUUUCAUUAUUUAAGUAGUAGUUACACAAAAUGAGAUAAUUAUUUAAGUAUGUCAUUGUACUGUAUGUGUGCGGUUUUUUUUUCCUUUUUUAAAAAUUUGUUUUGUAUUCAUGUAUUGUAAAUACAACUUAGGGAUGAUAACUUCCUCUUCAGAAAUAUCAAUAUGUCUAUUAAAAUUUAUAGCAUGUCUCAAA